AUGUAUUGCUUUGCAAUCACGGUUUUUAUGCUUAUUUCGCUCUCUAUAAAUGCCUUUAAUUUGUCACCUUAUCCAAGCUUGGUGAUAAAUUCUCCAAAGGAUCUGAACUUUCAGUCGGAACAAACGCGCAGCUCUUAUUUUGGAUACACUUUAGUCAUCCGUCCCACCAGGUACGUUGCUAUGAUUGGGGCUCCCCGUUCCCAAUCUACUUUAGCCUCACAGCGAAAUAUCAACGAGACGGGAGCGAUUUAUAGAUGCUCUUUAGAAAUGGAUGACUGCAGCCCGUAUAUUGUAGAUCAACAAGGACAAGAUAUCCUGAGUAAAAAUACGUACAAGGGACGCAAGGAUUUCCAGUUUCUAGGCGGAUCGAUGGAUGGCGGCACGCUGGACACGGAUAUGUUGCUCGUGUGCGCCCCCCGUUUCAGCUUCUCAAGCAUUGAACUUGAAUAUAUGACUGGAGUCUGCUACCGAGUGGAGAACACAAUAGGAAAAAACCCAGGACGUGUUACACACAUCUACAGAGUUAGCAAUAAAUCCAUAAGCUACGCUUCACUCAUGAGAGAGAUGGGUUUUAGUGCCCAUGUGGUGGAAGAUAAUAGUAUUUUCCUUAUUGGGGCACCUGCCAAAGCUUAUUGCAGUGGAUCUGUCUUUGUGCACCGAUCAGACAUGCCGCUUGAGGGCCUUUUUAAAGAAGUCCCAAAUAAACUGCCACUGAACUCAGACAUUUUUUACUUUGGCUAUGCGGUGAGUUCCGGUCACUUUGACAGCGCUAACAUUCAAAGCCUGCAAUAUGUGAUCACUGCCCCUCAAGCGAAUCGCCCAUCUGGUGAGGCCUAUAUCUUGAGCUCAGAAGGGAAACUCUUAAGGACAUUAAAGGGAGAACAGCUCGGCGAGUACUUUGGCUAUUCAGUUUUGGCAGAGGAUCUAAAUGGCGACAAGCUAAUGGACUUGAUUGUCUCAGCACCCAUGCAUGGGACGAAUGAUACCGCCGACAACGGUGCCAUCUACGUGUUUAUCAACAAGGGCCUGUUAAACUUUGAAAACAAAAUUGUUAGAUCGCCCUUGGCCAACAGCGCUCGAUUUGGCACAACUCUCUCUCGUAUGGGAGACAUCAAUCAUGACGGAUUCAAUGAUGUCGCAGUGAGUGCUCCAUUUGCCGGAAAUGGCUCUGUGUUCAUUUACCUGGGCAGUGAGGAAGGAUUACAGGAUGUGCCGAGCCAACAGCUUGACUCCCCUUCUGAUCAUCCGUCCAAGUACGGAGCGCAUAUGUUCGGACAUGGUCUCUCCCGUGGAUCCGACAUUGAUGGCAACGGAUUCAAUGACUUGGCCAUCGGAGCUCCCAACGCCGAGGCUGUGUUCCUUUACCGGGCCUAUCCAGUGGUCAAAUUAUAUGGCACCGUAAGGUCGAACGAACGUCGGAUUGGCCCACAGCAGAAAAUACUAAACAUUACGACCUGCUACCGACUGAGUAUGACGGCCGAGAAAAAGGAGGUUCAGGAGCAGGUCCUUUCCAUCCGGAUUGUCGCAGAUCCGCGGAUUACUUUUGCCCUGACGCAAACUUCUGAAUUUAACUAUCGCGUGGCUGUGGGUCCUACCGAGCAGUGCCGAGUUCUAGAGUUGCAAGUGGCCUUCACACAGAAGGACGUAUACAAGCCCAUUGAUUUACAGAUGCACUAUGAUGUUGCACCUAAGGACUCCGUUCAGGAAAGAGGGUUCUGUGAGACCUGCAUUGCUGUUGAUCCAACGGGUCCGAAAUCUUCCAUGGACAGGAUCGUGUUUAAUGUGGGAUGCGACUCCGCAGUUUGUAUCGCUGAUCUGCAGCUCAACAGCAAGGAUGUGGGCUCCACAUUCACUUUGGGCAGCAGUGACAUCCUUCGACUGACCUAUGAAAUCACCAAUGCCGGAGAGAUUGCCUACCUGCCCCAAUUUAACGUGACCAGCGACGCCUGUCUGACUUUUGCCCAAGUGCCAGGUGAAUGCCAGGUCAGCGGAGCCGUUAUGAUGUGCGACCUUAACGGCGGAAAUGCGUUGGGCAAAGGUGAGACCUAUUCCAUUACAGUCAGCUUCGAUGUUAGCCAGCUUAGUGGUACGUCGCUGAUUGUUACCGCUGAAGUAUUUAGCAUCGGAUAUGAAAGAAACCUCAAGGAUAACAAGCACGUCACCGAGAUCAACCUGAGGGAGUUCACCGAAAUCGAUGUCACGGGCGAUCAAACAAGUUCUCAAAUCCUUUUGGACAACCACGAUAAUUCUUUGAAAAUCAUAAAAAAUUUCGAGAUCAAGAGCCACGGACCUAGUGCUAUUGAGCAACUGGCGGUUGACUUUCUGAUACCCAUUGCCUAUAAGGCAAUUGAAGCUAAGCCCAUGAUUCCCAUUAUCAAUGUAACUAGCUUAAAGGUGGUGGCCACCCACGAUUCCCAGCCGUUGGUUAUCGAACUUUCCGACCAUGACAAUAACCAAAAGGAAAAGAAUCUCGAGGACAGGAGUUCUGAAACGGGAAGGAUUCGAAGCAGUCGGGAUCUCGGAAUUCCAGUUCACACCUCCUAUGAUCUGUUGGGAGGGAACUCUAGAGGUCAAUUGCCCCUGAACCGCACAAUAGUUUUUAGCUGCCAGGACUCCGAAAAGACGAUGUGCAUUCGCGCAUCCCUAAAUGGUGUACGUCUUAAGUCAGAUAACUCUAUUUUCCUGAAUGUGAGCUAUCACGUAAAUUUGAACGAAGUGAAUGCCAUUUUACUGAAACCCUGGGGGUACUUUGUUAUCCUUAUCGAUGUGGAGCUGGCGAAAAAGGACGAUCCCACCUUCACUUCAUUGGCAAUUAAUAAGAGAAUAGAGCCAUGUGUUAUCUCAAAGAAUUUAAAAGCAAUUAUUUCCAUUUGGAUUAUACUUCCGUCCGUCAUCGCAGGCUUGCUUAUUUUCUCUGUGAUUAAUUAUUCCAUGUACAAGUUCGGCUUUUUCCGACGCGUCAAGAGGGAUGAGCUGCAUAGAAAACAUCUAAGCCCCUUCCCCGAGCGCAUUAAUUCAAUAAACCUAUUUAUCUGGGACUUCGACUGGGAUUUGGCCGGAGGAGCGGAGAAUGCGACAAAGUUUGCCAGCCAAGACGGCGCAGUGCAAUCAGCAGGUCCUGAAACCGAGUCCAAGGAUCCAAAGGAGCCAGAUUCGAUGCCGCAAACGAGUCCCAAUUGGAGGCAGGCGGACAAUGAGCGCACAAAAGGCGCUGUAAGUGUCAUUGCAGCCAGGAACUGGGCCACUGGGACUGCCACGCAGGACGACUAG